AUGAUAGACGAGGCCCUGAAAAACAUGUUUGCUGAUCAUGAGCAUAACAAAAUCUUCCCAAAAUGUAUGAGAAUGGCCGACCUCGGGUGCGCGUCGGGACCCAAUACUCUUUUCCUCGUCUCCCACGUGAUGGACACGAUCGAGGACCUGUCGAAAAACCUUGAAAAAACCGAUGAUCAUGAGUUGCCUCAGCUCGAGCUGCUUCUCAAUGAUCUACCUGGUAAUGACUUCAAUAAUGUGUUCCGACUGGCGUCUAGUUUCAGUCGAGAGGACCGAAAACAAAGGAAGUUGAAAUUUUUUAUAUGCGGCGUGCCCGGUUCAUUUUAUGAUAGCCUAUUCCCCGAGAAUACCCUACACUUUGCUUACUCUUCCUUCAGUGUUCAUUGGCUCUCCCAGGUUCCGGAAGGUCUAGGGACGAAUAACAAGGAAAAUAUAUGCGUUUCGAUGAAAAGUUCGCCGCAAGUAUGGGAAGCAUAUGCAAGCCAAUUCCAAAAGGAUUUUUCCAAGUUCUUAAGAAUGAGAGCUGAAGAAUUAAUAUCAGGUGGCCGUAUGGUUUUGGCGUUUGUCGGUAGAACUUCUGUUAAUCCUUGUCGCGAAGACGAAUUCAAACUUCUUACUUUGCUUGGAGAAGCACUCUCGGAUAUGGCUGCUCAGGGCUUUGUGAAGGAGGAGGAUUUACAUUCAUUUAAUGUGCCUAUAUAUACGCCGUGCCUACAAGAAGUGGAGACAAUAAUAAGCGACGAAGGAUCAUUUAGUUUGGACAAAAUGGAAAUUGUUCGUGUGCCGUACGAUGCUACUUAUAAUGAGGGCAACAAUAAUAAUAACGAUGAUGGCGUUUUGGACAAGUACAAGAGUGCGAAGGUGGUGGCGGGAAAUGUUCGAUCUUUCAUGGAGCCCAAGUUGGCCUUCCAUUUUGGGACCUCCAUUAAUGUUGGACAUGUCUUCGAAGUUUAUGCAAAGAAAAUGGCAGAUCAGUUUUCGGAGGAGCGGACAAAUUAUAUUUGUAUACUUGUUUCCUUAACCAGGAAAUCGGCAUAG